CAGGGGCCCCCACUAAGGCUGCAGGCCCCCCACGCACUGACUGCCCCCAGUCACCCCCUCAACCUGCGCGGUCGUCCUGCGACUGAUGGUCCAGACAGCAGCAGCGUGACAGCAAGGGGACACCACCACGCCGAGGAAAACCUGACGUCUCCCCCCCCUGAAUCAUCUGAGGAUCACGAUGGACUCUUCUGCCGUUUAUAUACACAGUCACUUCAUAAUGAGCCUCACAGAGAAACCCUGUAUAGCCAGCUAGCAAUAGAUUAAAUCAAUUUUCAACUAAUAGUAGAAUAACAUUGAAAGUACAGAUGGAUACAGCUACGCUAGCGACGCUGGCUGCCACCGCCACUGCAGCUCUGGCCUCCCACUCACAAAUGACGGACUACCUUUGGCUCUUGGUGGUCGGAUUCAUCAUCGCCUUCGUCCUGGCGUUCUCUGUGGGAGCCAAUGACGUCGCCAACUCCUUUGGUACGGCGGUGGGCUCCGGAGUGGUCACCCUGCGGCAGGCCUGCGUCCUGGCCACCAUUUUUGAGACACUGGGCUCCGUGCUGUUAGGGGCAAAGGUCAGCGAGACCAUCCGUCAGGGGAUCAUCGACGUGCGGAUGUACAACGGCUCAGAACACGUCCUCAUGGCGGGAUCCAUAAGUGCAAUGUUUGGAUCUGCUGUGUGGCAGCUGGCUGCAUCAUUCCUGAAGCUCCCCAUCUCUGGAACCCACUGCAUUGUUGGAGCCACAAUUGGCUUUUCAAUGGUAGCGAGAGGCCACCAAGGGGUCAAAUGGAUGGAACUACUACGAAUUGUGGCCUCCUGGUUCCUGUCACCUGUUCUGUCUGGAUUCAUGUCUGGGAUUCUCUUUUAUUUUGUCCGCAAAUUCAUCCUGAGCAAGGCGAACCCCGUACCAAAUGGACUGAGAGCCCUUCCUGUCUUCUAUGCCAUCACUAUGGGCAUCAACCUCUUCUCCAUCCUGUACACAGGAGCUCCACUGCUCGGCUUCGACAGAGUGCCCUGGUGGGGUACGCUGUGCAUUUCUCUGGGCUGCGCCAUCGUCGUCGCUCUGGUCGUUUGGUUUGUGGUCUGUCCGCGUCUCAAGAAGAAAAUCGAACGUGAAACAGCUCCUGCUCCCUGUGAGACCCCGCUAAUGGAGCAGAACUCUAGCAAGCCUCCAGCAGAGAACCCCCGACCCCCGUCUGACCUGCGUCCGCACAACCCUCCAGCAGAAAUCCAAAAGGUGGACUUCAAACUCGGAGGCUCAGAGGAGGCGGAUCUAAACAGCGAAAUAGACGCCAAAGAUCUUGACAUCGCCAAUGGUCUGAAUGGCUCUGUAGGCCACAUGACCAUCACCGAUCCUCACAGCGGACGCUCCCACACCGUCCACAAGGACUCCGGCCUUUAUAAAGACCUGCUGCAUAAGCUCCACAAGGCCAAGGUUGGGGACUGCAUCGGUGACAGUGACACGGAGGAGCGGCCCAUGCGGAGGAACAACAGCUACACCUCCUACACCAUGGCCAUAUACGGCAUCCAAGGCGAUCCUAAAUACAAAGACGUGGACACCGGCUUCCAGAGAAGACCCCGGGUGGACAGCUGCAGCAGCUACAACUCAGCAAUGACCAGUGGCAGCGCGGUCCCCGACGGGAGCGUGACUCUGGAGGCCGACGGGAACGUUGCCGUGGAGGAAGACGAGCUGGAGAUCGACCAACCUGCAGUUUCUUUGCUCUUCCAGUUCCUGCAGAUACUCACCGCGUGCUUCGGCUCUUUUGCUCACGGGGGAAAUGAUGUCAGCAAUGCCAUCGGCCCACUGGUGGCCCUUUGGCUUCUCUAUGAGAGUGGGUCUGUGGUGUCGAGCGCUCCCACGCCCAUCUGGCUGCUCCUCUACGGGGGGGUAGGAAUCUGCGCUGGACUCUGGGUGUGGGGUCGCAGGGUGAUCCAGACCAUGGGUAAAGACCUGACUCCCAUCACACCCUCAAGUGGCUUCAGCAUCGAGCUGGCUUCAGCGGUCACAGUUGUUGUGGCGUCUAACAUCGGCCUUCCUGUCAGCACGACACAUUGCAAGGUGGGAUCUGUGGUGGCGGUAGGAUGGCUGCGCUCCAGGAAAUCUGUUGACUGGCUUCUGUUCAGGAAUAUCUUUAUCGCCUGGUUUGUGACGGUCCCCAUCUCCGGGCUCAUCAGCGCUGCCAUUAUGGCGCUCUUCAUAUAUGUAAUUCUGUGACAUCCUAACACGCUGUCACCUAACAUAGUACUUUGUUAAAAACGUGCCUGAAACUGUUUCACUUUGCUUCUCUGCUAAAUAAUUGAUGUAUCAUCCAGUGUAAUUUCAUCUCACGGUAAUUGUUUAACUCAUAGGAAUGUUUCCAAGAAUGACACGGACUUCUAGUGACGCUGUUCAGAUGUCCAAAAGACUGUUAUCAUGUACAGUAUAUUCUUCUGUAAAUUUGUAUAAAGACAAUGUAUAUUAUUCAAAUCAGUCUUCCGGUGAACAAAAGUGCAUGCAGUAGUCGAAAACUUGAAUGGAAGUUAAAUUGUUGAACAUUUUUGAAUGGAAAGAGUUGCUUCAUGAGAAGGGAUUUCAGGGUGUGUAUGCCAGCGUGUUUGACUCAAUAAAAUUGUUUUGUGAUUAAAAAAAUUUAAAAAAUGUGAUCUUAAAUUUCAUGUUUAUAAUUAUCAAAGUAUUAUAAGAAAGUUACCAGGUUUGCCUUUCUGUGUUAAUUGUAGUCUUUAUGUUUAUGUAUAACUAUUUUUCAGCAAUGGUAGUUAUUUUAUAUUAUUUCAAAUAAAAGAAAAAAAU